AUGUGGUGCUUUCUUUUGGCAUUUGUUUCUCUGUUGUUGUUGUCCUCCAUCCAAGGAGGCACAGCAGAGCAGUGUGGGAGGCAAGCAGGGGGUGCUCUGUGUCCAGGAGGGCAAUGCUGCAGCAAGUAUGGGUGGUGUGGCACUGCACCUGAUUACUGCAGCACUGGUUGCCAAAGCCAAUGUGGCAGCGGUGGUGGUGACGGUGACAUUGGUAGCCUUGUGUCACGUAACACCUUUAAUCAGAUGCUUAAGCAUAGGAAUGAUGGUGGUUGCCCAGCUAAGGGGUUUUAUACCUAUGAUGCUUUCAUUGCAGCUGCCAACCAUGAAACUACAGGGCAGUAA